UACAAAAAUGCAAACUUAUAGAAUCCCUCUUCAUUCUUACACAUUCAAAACUUAAAAAAAAAAGCAAACAAUCAAGAAAAUGCUCUCUAGAGCACUUGAAGCAAAACCAAGAUGGAGCCCUAAUCUGAGAUAUGGAGACAACAACAGCUGCAAAUUUGGUUCCAUUCUUGAAUACUCUAAUCAAGAUUGUAUAGUCGGUUUUAUUGAUGAUUUGCCUUUGGUUUUUUGUGGCAACUUUAAUACUGAGUCGUCAAACUUAACCUUACGGGAGGUUUUAAGGGCUUCCGUUGCCGUUAUGGGAGAGAGCCGUUUAGGUAUGACGGAAAAGGCUGUUUUGCUUGAAGGAAAAAUUUACGCCGUUAAGAGGUUUAGAAAAAUUAGUGUUGGCAGACGUGAGUUUGGAAAACGAGUUGAAAAGUUGGCAAAUAUUAGCAGAAAUUGUAACUUUGUUGUUCCUGUGAGUGCUUAUCUUUAUUCUAAGAGGAUCAAGUUUGUUCUUUGUGAUUAUUAUCCUAUGGGAAGCCUUGCUGAUUUGCUUUCUGGUGGAAGAGAAUUCGGACACACUGCCUUGGAUUGGAAGCAAAGGUUAAAGAUUGGCCUAGACAUAGCAAAUGCAAUUUCUUUCAUCCACACACAAUCUCCUCAUGAAAAGAAUAUGCAAAUCAAUGUUCACGGUAACAUAAAAGCCUCCAAUGUCUUGAUAAACACCAAUUUCUCCGCUUGCUUGUCCGAUUACGGUUUCGCUCAGCUGGCCGAGUUCGAGGAAGUUUCCGAUACACCGGAAAAUAAGCAACCGAAAUGCGGUUAUAGUGAGGAAUUUUCUCAGAAGAGUGAUAUUUACAAUUUUGGGAUAAUAUUAUUGGAUAUGUUAGGAGGAGCAAGAGCACCAAAUUCAGUGAAUUGCAUAAUUGAAAGGAAAGAAGAAAUUAAAAGUGGUGCAAUUGAGUUUUUCGAAUUUGCAGUGCAGGGAAAAGAAAGGCUACAGGCUUUGCAGAUUUUGGAAAUUGGCUUGGCAUGCAAACGCAAGUCACCUGAUGCUAGGCCUUCAAUACAGCAUAUAUUGAAGUAUUUUGGAGAUGUUAUAAUUAAUAAAUAAAUUAUCAAGUGAGUUAAUUUUAUGUUUUUAGUACGUAAGUAGCAUAUUGAGCACAUCUAUACAGUGUUGAUUUGGAUGGCAGAUUUUGGUUAAUUCCAGUUUAAUUCUGGAUUACUAAUAAUAAGUGGUGUC